GCUCCUUCGCUUCUUCUUUGUUAAUCUGCCGCUAAAAGCCUGAAAGAAACGGCUGCAGGCUGAAGGGGACAGAGUUGGUCCGGGUUUAAAGUGGGACAGAAGAGGCAGCGGUCUGAGGACUCCCGCAACAUCUGGCAGUUGUAUAACAGCAUGCCUAUAUGUUUGCCAGCGGACCGAGCAGAAUCAUUAUGGAAGUGAAAGAACGUCGUCCAUACUGCUCACUAACCAAGAGCCGGAAAGACAAGGAGGGCCAAUACACAGGGUCUUCAGGGGACAGUGAGGACUGUGCAAUCAGCUCGCAGGGACUGCGGGUCCCCACUCAGAAGUCUUACUCGUCCAGUGAAACGCUCCGAGCCUUCGACCAGCACCAAGACCAAACCAGGUUACUGUACGGUACCACAAAGGGGCACAAGGAGAUGGUUCAUCGUGAACAGGAGAGCUAUAGCAGACAUGGCCAGCAUUUCAGUCUUCGUCAGCUGGGGAUAUGUGAGCCCCCUCCACGCCGCGGCCUCCCCUUCUGCUCCGACAUUGGCCUUCCCCAUCAUGGAUUUUCAGUGGGCACGGCACAGGAGGUGAACUCGGAGAGCCAGGCGGUGAUGUCACCGGAGCGCGCCAUGCGGCUGUGGGGCCGUGGAGGUCUGGGUAAAACGUCAGGGAGGAGUUCCUGCUUGUCCAGCCGCUCCAACUCGGUGCUGACUCUGACUGACACGGAGCAUGAGAACAAGUCGGACAGCGACAACGGUUCUCCCAUGCCCUCCCCCUCCUGCCCAUCACCUGUCAUUGACCAAUCACAUCCACACUCAAAUCCACAUGACAACCCGCUGUUAGCAGAUGCUGUUGAGCCAGACUCUGAUGAGGAAGAGGAAGAGGAGGAGGAAGAGGAGGAGUAUGCAGCUCGGCUGUACAUACCUGUAACUCAUGAGCAACCGUCCAAUCACCAUGGCUCCACCUUGCCUCCUGUGCCGCCGCCUCACCGCCAGCAGCCCUCAGUGACGGCUCUGAACCAAGCCCUGAGCUCCACGCACCACGCUGGCCAGAACCUGAACUCAACCCGCCAGCUAACUCCUCCUACCGGGAGUCCGGCCCCCGUGGCCGGCCAAUCACCAGCCGAGCUGCAGACCACGCCCCCCGAGAGCGUCCCGCUGCAGGACAGCUGGGUGCUGGGUAGCAAUGUGCCUCUGGAAACAAGGCACUUCCUCUUCAAAACAGGUACAGGCACCACCCCUCUCUUCUCCACAGCCACUCCUGGCUAUACCAUGGCUACAGGCUCCGUGUACUCCCCCCCCACCAGGCCGUUGCCAAGGAACACCCUGUCCCGCUCUGCCUUUAAGUUCAAGAAGUCCUCCAAGUACUGCUCCUGGAGGUGUACAGCCCUCAGUGCAGUUGGUCUGUCGGUCCUUCUCUCUGUCCUGCUCUGCUACUGCAUAGCUAUGCACCUGUUCGGUUUGAACUGGCAGCUUCAGGAGAGUGACAGUUAUGGAGCAUUUGAAAAUGGAGGAGGAGGAGGAAGAGAUACAACUCCCAACACCUUUGUACUGUCUACAGACAAUGGCAAGAUGUUUCUUCUGGAGAACAACACCAUAGAUACAGGAGAGUCAGACGUGGGCAAACGAGUCAUACAAGACGUUCCACCAGGUGUGUUCUGGAGGUCCCAGCUGUACAUUGACCAGCCGCAGUUCCUGAAAUUCAACAUAUCCGUCCAGAAAGACGCCCUGGUUGGGGUGUACGGGCGGAAAGGCCUUCCCCCCUCACACACACAGUAUGAUUUUGUGGAGCUGCUGGACGGUAGUCGCCUCAUUUCCAAAGAUAAACGGUCGAUCAGCGACGCAGACUCCAUGUUUGCACACCUAGCUGGGUUCCACGAGGAGGAGCCUGGAGGAGGCGCUCGGCACACGCGCUCCGUCAGCGUUCUAGAGGCGGGCUUCAUUCACUACCUGGACACAGGAAUCUGGCAUCUGGCGUUUUACAACGAUGGACGGAACACAGAGCAAGUCUCCUACAACACCAUCAUCAUUGAGUCAAUUAUGGAGUGUCCUCAGAAUUGUCACGGAAACGGUGAUUGUCUCUCAGGAAUCUGCCACUGUUUCCCAGGAUUUCUGGGGCCUGACUGCUCUCGAGCCGCCUGCCCGGUGCUGUGCAGCGGGAACGGCCACUACUCCCGCGGCCGCUGCCAGUGCUACAGCGGCUGGAAAGGCACCGAGUGCGACGUGCCGUCCAACCAGUGCAUCGACAUCAACUGUGGAGGACAUGGCAUCUGUAUGAUGGGAGCAUGCAUCUGCAACACGGGGUAUAAAGGAGAUAAUUGUGAUGAAGUGGACUGUAUAGACCCCAGUUGUUCGGCCCAUGGAGUGUGUAUCCACGGGGAAUGUCACUGCCAGCCAGGAUGGGGUGGCGCCAGCUGUGAGAUCGCUAAGGCCUUGUGUCCGGACCAGUGCUCAGGCCAUGGGACCUACAAUGCAGAGACCGGGACGUGUGCAUGUGACCAGAACUGGACGGGACCAGACUGCUCUUUAGAGGUGUGUGAAGUUGACUGCGGAAACCACGGCAUGUGUUACGGCGGCGUGUGUCGCUGCGAGGAGGGCUGGACCGGCAGCGUGUGCGAUCAGAAGGCCUGCCACCCGCUGUGCACCAAGAACGGCGUGUGCAAAGAUGGGAAGUGUGAGUGUGACCAAGGAUGGACGGGCGAGCACUGCAACAUUGCUCACAAUCCGGACAUUAGAGUAAAAGGAUACAAAGAGGGCUGCCCAGGUCUCUGCAACAACAACGGACGGUGCACCCUGGAAGCCAGCGGAUGGCACUGCAUUUGCCAGGCUGGAUGGAGAGGUGCGGGAUGCCACGUCGCCAUGGAAACCCUUUGCACCGACGGCAAGGACAACGAAGGAGACGGCUUGGCGGACUGCAUGGAUCCAGACUGCUGCCUUCAGCCUUCUUGUCAAAACCAAUUAUACUGCAAAGGGUCACCAGACCCCUCUGAGGUUCUCAGCCAGUCUCCGUCUUCGUUGGCUCCCCAGCAGGCUGCCAGAUCUUUCUAUCAGCGCAUUCACUUCCUGGUUGGCCCAGAAUCUACACAUGUCAUUACUGGAGUGUCUCCUUUCAAUAAAAGCUUGGUGUCAAUAAUCCGAGGCCAGGUGCUGACCUCUGAUGGAACGCCUCUGAUCGGGGUCAAUGUGACGUUCGUCCACUACCCGGACCAUGGCUACACCAUAACACGCAAGGACGGCAUGUUUGACCUCCUGGCCAAUGGCGGGGCGUCCCUGACCCUGAGUUUCGAGCGCGCUCCGUUCAUCACUCAGUACCGAACGGUGUGGGUCCCAUGGAACGUCUUCUAUGUGAUGGACACGCUGGUGAUGAAGAAGGAGGAAAACGACAUUCCAAGCUGUGACCUGAGCGGCUUCAUCAGACCCAGUCCGGUCAUCGUCGCCUCACCUCUAUCUACAUUUUUCAGACGUUCCCAUGAUGAGAGCCCCAUCAUACCUGAAACACAGGUUCUCCAAGAAGAAACCUCCAUCCCAGGCAGUGAUCUAAACCUAGUGUACCUCAGCUCCAGGGCUGCAGGGUACAAACCAGUCCUCAAAGUGUCCAUGACGCAAUCAUCCAUUCCUUUCAAUCUGAUGAAGGUUCACCUGAUGGUGGCGGUAGUGGGCCGUCUCUUCCAAAAGUGGUUCCCUGCCCAACCGAAUUUAUCCUACACGUUUAUCUGGGACAAAACCGAUGCCUACGGCCAGCGUGUCUUUGGACUCUCUGAAGCAGUUGUGUCGGUGGGGUUUGAAUACGAGUCGUGCCUGGACCUCAUCCUGUGGGAGAAAAGAACAGCCGUCCUGCAGGGCUAUGAGAUGGAUGCUUCCAACAUGGGGGGAUGGAUGCUGGACAAACAUCACAUCCUGGAUGUGCAAAACGGUAUACUCUACAAAGGCAAUGGUGAGAACGUAUUCAUCUCCCAGCAGCCCCCUGUCAUCAGCAGCAUUAUGGGAAACGGUCGCAGGCGCAGCAUCUCCUGCCCCAGCUGUAACGGACAGGCAGAGGGCAACAAGCUGCUGGCGCCGCUUGCCCUCGCCUGUGGGGCGGAUGGCAGCAUUUUUGUCGGGGACUUUAACUACAUCAGGAGGAUCUACCCUUCUGGGAACGUUAGCAGCGUCAUGGAGCUGAGCAACAACCCUGCACACCGCUACUACUUGGCCACCGACCCAGUAACCGGACAGCUGUACGUGUCCGACACCAACUCCAGGAGAAUUUACCGUCCCAAGAUGCUCAGCGGCGCCCGGGACCUCAACAGUAACGGAGAGGUGGUGGCAGGCACAGGUGAGCAGUGUCCUCCUUUCGACGAGGCCCGAUGCGGCGAUGGGAGGAAAGCAACAGAGGCGCAGCUACUGGGACCAAAAGGCAUCGCCGUGGAUAAGAACGGCCUGAUCUACUUUGUGGACGGAACCAUGAUCCGUAAAGUGGACCGUAACGGAAUCAUCUCCACCGUGCUGGGCAGCAACGACCUGACCUCUGCACGACCUUUGACCUGCGACACCAGCAUGCACAUAAGACAGGUUCGAUUAGAAUGGCCCACAGAUCUAGCCAUCAACCCCAUGGAUAACUCCAUCUACGUCCUGGACAACAAUGUUGUGCUGCAGAUCACUGAAAACAGACAGGUCCGGAUCGUGGCGGGUCGUCCCAUGCACUGCCAGGUUCCUGGCAUAGAGUACACCAUGGGGAAGAGAGCGGUGCAGACCAUGCUGGAGGGAGCAACGGCCAUUGCCCUGUCAUACAACGGCAUCCUCUACAUCGCAGAGACGGAUGAGAAGAAGAUGCACCGCAUUCGACAAGUGUCGACAGAUGGAGAAAUUACCCAUCUUGCUGGUGCACUAUCUGACUGCGACUGUAAGAGUGACGCCAACUGUGACUGCUAUCAGACAGGAGACGGCUAUGCUAAAGACGCCAGGCUUAGCUGUCCCUCCUCUCUGGUGGUGUCACCAGAUGGGACUCUGUACGUAGCAGACCUGGGAAAUAUUCGGAUCCGGGCCAUAAGGCGGAACCAGCCGCGCACCGGUUCUCUGGCUUCAGGACCCAGCUCCUAUGAAGUGGCGUCUCCAGCCUCUCAGGAACUUUACGUGUUCGAUUCAAACGGGACUCACCAGUUCACCAUGUCUCUGAUCACAGGAGACUUUAAAUAUAACUUCAGCUACAGCAAUGAGGAGGAUGUUACCGCGGUGACGGACAGCAGCGGGAACACGCUCCGUAUCCGUAGAGACACCAACAGGAUGCCGGUCCGUGUGGUUGCUCCUGACAAUCAGGUCAUCUGGCUGACGAUUGGGACCAAUGGAGGACUAAAGUCUCUCACAGCUCAGGGUCAGGAGCUGGUUUUAUUUACUUACCAUGGAAACAGCGGCUUGCUGGCCACCAAGAGCAUCCAGAUUGGCUGGACAACUUUCUAUGACUACGACAGCGAGGGUCGCCUGACUAAUGUGACCUUCCCCACGGGAGUGGUCACCAAUCUCCACGGCGACAUGUCUUCAGGAGCCGUGGCGGUGGACAUAGAGACAUCGGGGAGGGAUGAGGAUGUUUCCAUAACAACCAACCUGUCAUCCAUAGACUCCUUUUACACAUUGGUGCAGGACCAGCUUCGAAACAGCUACCAGGUGGGUAACGACCAUUCCCUCAGGGUCAUCUAUGCCAAUGGGAUGGACACGCAUUACCAGACAGAGCCACAUAUACUGGCAGGAGCUGCCAAUCCCACGAUCGCCCGGCGUAACAUGACGCUGCCAGGAGAGAAUGGACAGAAUCUGGUUGAAUGGAGGUUCAGGAAGGAGCAGAACCGAGGGAAGGUCAUCGUGUUCGGGAGGAAGCUGAGGGUAAAUGGAAGGAACUUGCUGUCUGUGGACUACGAUCGCACUCUGCGGACGGAGAAGGUUUAUGACGACCACAGAAAGUUCCUGUUAAAGAUCAUCUAUGACACCCAGGGUCAUCCCACGCUGUGGGUUCCCAGCAGCAAGCUGCUCUCUGUUAACCUGACAUACUCCAGCACGGGGAAGGUGACAGGGCUCCAGAGGGGUCCAACCACAGAGAGGUGGGAGUACGACAAUCAAGGAAGAAUCAUUUCUCGAGUCUUUGCUGAUGGGAAGAUAUGGAGCUACACUUACCUGGAUAAGUCCAUGGUGCUGCUGCUGCACAGCCAGCAUCAGUACAUCUUCGACUACGACUCUGGGAGCCGCCUGUCUGCCGUCACCAUGCCCAGCGUGGCUCGCCACACCAUGCAGACCAUCAGAUCCGUGGGAUACUACCGAAACAUCUACACCCCCCCAGAGAGCAACGCCUCUGUUACUGUGGAUUACUCUGAGGAGGGCCAGCUCCUUAGAGUCGCUCAUCUGGGAACCGGCCGACGGAUUCUUUACAAGUAUCGCAGACAGAAUAAGUUGGCAGAGAUCCUCUAUGACUCUGCACGGGUCAGCUUCACCUACGACGAGACCGCCGGCGUGUUGAAAACCGUCAACCUGCAAAGCGAAGGCUUCAUCUGCUCCAUCCGCUACCGCCAAAUCGGCCCGCUGGUCGAUCGGCAGAUAUUCCGCUUCAGCGAGGACGGGAUGGUGAACGCGCGCUUCGAUUACACCUACGACAACAGCUUCAGGGUCACCAGCAUGCAGGCCGUGAUCAAUGAGACGCCGCUCCCUAUAGAUCUCUACCAGUUCGACGACAUCUCUGGGAAGGUGGAGCAGUUUGGGAAGUUUGGAGUGAUUUACUACGACAUCAAUCAGAUCAUCUCCACAGCAGUCAUGACCUACACCAAGCAUUUUGACCAACAUGGCCGCAUCAAGGAGAUCCAGUAUGAGAUCUUCAGGUCCCUCAUGUACUGGAUCACCAUUCAGUAUGACAACAUGGGCCGGGUCACCAAGCGGGAGAUCAAGAUUGGACCAUUUGCCAACACAACCAAAUAUGGUUACGAGUAUGAUGUGGAUGGGCAGCUGCAGACGGUUUCCCUCAAUGAGAAGUUAAUGUGGAGGUAUAACUAUGACCUGAACGGAAACCUGCACUUACUGAACCCAGGGAACAGCGGGCGACUGACUCCGCUACGCUACGAUCUGAGGGACAGGAUCACUCGUCUGGGAGACGUUCAGUACAGAAUGGAUGAAGAUGGAUUCCUGAGACAGAGAGGAACUGAAAUAUUUGAGUAUAACUCCAAAGGUCUUUUAAUUCGUGUGUACAGUAAAGCAGCCAGCUGGACUAUUCAGUACCGGUAUGAUGGUUUGGGUCGGCGUGUGGCAUCUCGGAACAGUCUGGGCCAGCAUCUGCAGUUUUUCUACGCAGACUUAAACUACCCAACAAGAAUCACCCAUGUCUACAACCACUCCAGCUCUGAGAUCACAUCUUUCUACUACGAUCUGCAGGGUCAUGUGUUUGCCAUGGAAAUCAGCAGCGGGGAUGAGUUUUAUAUCGCGUGCGAUAACACCGGGACUCCGCUGGCUGUCUUCAGUAACAAUGGACUGCUCCUUAAACAGGUUCAGUACACGGCAUACGGCGAGGUUUACUUUGACUCCAACCCUGACUUUGUCCUGGUGAUUGGUUUCCACGGCGGCCUGUAUGAUCCUCUGACACGACUGCUGCAUUUUGGAGACAGAGAUUACGACAUCCCUGCUGGGAGAUGGACCACUCCUGACAUCAGCACGUGGACGCGUGUGGGGAAAGAUCCGCAGCCCUUUAACUUGUAUAUGUUCCGUGGCAACAACCCUGUCAGCAAGAUCCAUCAGGUCAAAGAGUAUGUCACAGAUGUCAACAUCUGGUUGGUCACGUUUGGCUUUCACCUCCAUAACGCCAUCCCAGGAUUCCCCAUUCCCAAAUUUGACCUAACAGAGCCUUCCCUGGAGAUGAAGAAGAGCCAGCUCUGGGAUGACCUGCCUUCUAUCUCAGGUGUGCAGCAGGAAGUGACUCGUCAGUCAUCAGCCUUCCUGUCCUUCGAGCGUAUGCCAGAAAUUGAGCCCAGCAGACGACAUUCUGACCACACCAAGCCUUGGUUAUGGUUCGCCACUGUCAAGUCCCUCAUUGGAAAGGGUGUCAUGUUUGCUGUGGUGCAGGGGCGAGUGGUGACAAAUGCUCUAAACAUCGCCAGCGAGGACUGCAUCAAAGUGUCCGGAGUCCUGAACAAUGCCUUCUACUUGGAGAACUUACAUUUCACGGUGGAGGGAAAAGACACUCACUACUUCAUCAAGACCAGCCUCCCUGAGAACGACCUGAGUGCGCUGCGGCUCACCUCAGGCAAGAAGUCCCUGGAAAAUGGGGUGAAUGUCACAGUGUCUCAGUCUACGACUGUGAUGAACGGGAGAACCCGGCGAUUUGCUGACGUAGAACUACAGUACGGCGCUCUGGUGCUCCAUGUGCGCUACGGAACAACGCUGGACGAAGAGAAAACGCGAAUCUUGGAGCAGGCACGGCAGAGGGCGCUGUCCAGCGCCUGGGCCCGUGAACAACAGCGAGUGAGAGAUGGGGAGGAAGGUGUGAGGCUUUGGACAGAGGGAGAGAAAAGGCAGCUGCUGAGCAGCGGCAAGGUUCAGGGCUACGAUGGCUACUACGUCCUUUCCAUUGAGCAGUACCCUGAACUGGCCGACAGCGCCAACAACAUCCAGUUCCUCCGGCAAAGCGAGAUAGGGAGGAGGUAACACGGCAUGAACAUGCCUGGAUGGUACCACCUCUGACUGUCAAAACUAACACUAAAAGUUCUCUUUUAACACUAAAUGGACGUCACAGCUUGAACUGUCUAAGACUCCAAAACCUGCCCACCGACCCUCCUUAGAUUUUGUCUCUUCAGGUGGUUAAAGUUGACUGCGAAGACUUUUUGAUGAACACCGUUUCAAUCUAACCGACCGGAAACUACAGCUGGGACUGUCGUGGUGAACCGGGGGAAGGUUCUUCAAUGCCCGACUUUUUCUGUUCCCUCUUGUGCUUUUAGACAGGCUGCACGCAUGCCCCUCCAUUCCCCUCCGAUAGGCCCGGCUAAUCUGACUGCCAUGUUUGUGGGCUAUGUACCUGUUAAACAGAGACUUUGGAUUAAUAGAGGGAACGAUAGAGACUGGUUCCGAUAGUCAGCCUGACAUGCAAGCAGCUGUCAGGCGCAUAUCAGCAGCUCCAGACUGUGCAUCCCUAACAGAUGUUGCAGGUAUCGUGUGUCUGAGGGUCCAGAUGGGACCCAUCACUUAGGUUUGAGCCUUGUCUAUAGGAUUUAUUAUUCCAUGGCUGAAGCCAUUGAAUGGAACUGUUGUGGACUCUCUCUAAGAGAGACAGGCACAAAAAAAGGACUGAAAUUUGUACAAGUCAAAAAAAGAGAAAGAAAAUAAGAAUUUUUGUUGUUUGUUUGUAAUUUUUUGGUUUUGAUUUUCUAUAUAAACUUGCAUUUGCUUCGACAAAAAAAGGGAUAUUAAAAUCAACUGAAAAGCGUUUACAUACUAUUACCUACAUGUAUCGCACUAUUACUACUUUACCCCACACCCCCACCACCACAACAGACCAUGAGACGAACUUAACAAAAGCCAAAUGUUGCAUUGUAAUUUUUGUUUUUUCUCCUACUGAUGAGGCGUGAUCUGUUUGGUCAUUUCUACAAGCACUCCUCCUCCUCCUCCUCAUCCCUUGUGCUAGGAGACAGAGCUCUGUGAAGGGCUGGCGUGUGCAGAGGGAGGGGAUCACAGUUCACAGUCUGCGUAGACCAGGAAGACCCAGGAGAGUCCUUUUCUUCUACAAAUUGUGACUCUGCAUCAUAAUGCAUAGACCUUGUGAUUUUGUCAGUCAAAGGUAGUAGUGCUGCUCGCGGUAGAAACUUGUCGUCAUGGCUUGGUUGGGCGGGGGGGCAGUUGGGUUGCUGUAAUUAGCAACAGGCUGUUGCUUCUCUCGUUAAUGUUGCUCGUUUUUUCUUAAAGGGACAGCGCAUCUUCAUGAAUGACACAUAAGUAACAGUAAUAGAUCAGAAAUCGAUGUGGAUGUUUCUCAUUGAUUGUAGGUCUCUGCUCUCUUAGAGAUUUUUUCUGUGUACAUGUCUGUACAAAUGGUUGGAAGGCAACUUUAAACAUGUCUGAAGGGAAACAGAAGUAACAUCGUAUGCUAGGAAGCAUUCUGUUUUUAUUUUGUUUUUCCAGAGACAAGUCGACAGUGUUUUGUUGAUUUAACUUUAUGUUGAAGGUUGAGGAAAUCCAUUUAUCCGUACAUCGAUAUUAGUCUCAGAGAAAGUAAUUUAUGUACAGUGUUUCUACGGUAAAGAAUAAAAAUUAUUAAAACUCC